AUGGGUGACAAGCGCAAACUCGUUCAGGAUGAGGUCGUUGAGCCUGAGGGCAAGAAGAUGAAGAAAGAGAAGAAAGAUAAGAAGGAUAAGAAGGAGAAGCGCGACAAGUCUGAGGCCGUCGCUGUCCCCGAGGUCGCUGCACCUGUCGAAGAAAAGGUGAAGGAGAAGAAGGACAAGAAAGACAAGAAGGACAAGAAGGAGAAGAGAGAGAAGAAAGAGAAGUCCGAGAAGAAGGACAAGUUCGACAAGAAGGAGAAGAAGGACAAGAAGGAGAAGCGCAAGGCCGAAGAGACCGCCGAGCCCGCUGCUGAGCCCGCCGCUCCCACCGAGGACGCAAUGGAUGUGGAUGAGACCCCCGCCGAGAAGGAGACCCCCGCCGAGAAGGAGGUCCCCGCCGAGAUGACUAAGGAAGAAAAGAAGAAGGCGAAGCGCGCAAAUAAGCAGUCAAAAAAGGCCGACAAGACCGAAACCAAGGCCGAGUCCACAGAAGAGCCUACCGCCGAGACCGCUGAGUCCGGCGAGGCCGAGCAGGCCCCGAAGUCCUCUCGCUUCAUCUGCUUCGUUGGCAACCUUCCCUACUCCGCCAACCACGAGUCCCUGACCAAGCACUUCGAGAAGAACCCACCUGCCACAAUCCGCGUUGCCACGAAGAAAGAAGACCCUAAGAAAUGCCGCGGCUUCGCCUUCAUUGAAUUCGACAACUACGACCGCAUGAAGACCUGUCUCAAGCUUUACCACCACUCCACCUUCGACGACGGAAAGUACCCUCCCCGACGCAUGAACGUCGAGCUAACUGCUGGCGGCGGCGGCGCAAAGUCCGAACACCGUAACGCCAAGAUCCAAGCUAAGAACGAGAAGUUGAACGAGGAGCGCCAACGUCAGGCUAAGGAUAUCCAGAAGGAUAAGAGGAAGUUCGAGAAGAAGACCGGUGAGGCUGGUGCUACUGGUGCCAACGCUGCCCCUGCUGGUACCGACGGUGCGGCUGAUGACCAGUGGGCUGGUCUGCACCCUAGCCGUAGAGGCCGUGUUUAA